UCGGGAGGCAGCCACCGCCGCCAGUCUGAGGCAGGUGCCCGACAUGGCGAGUGCUGUGCUGCCGAGCGGAUCCCAGUGUGCGGCGGCAGCGGCUGUGGCGGCGGCGGCAGCGCCUCCCGGGCUCCGGCUCCGGCUCCUGCUGUUGCUCCUCUCGGCCGCGGCACUGAUCCCCACAGGUGAUGGACAGAAUCUGUUUACUAAAGACGUGACAGUGAUCGAGGGAGAAGUUGCAACCAUCAGCUGCCAAGUCAAUAAGAGUGACGACUCCGUGAUUCAACUGCUGAACCCCAACAGGCAGACCAUUUACUUCAAGGACUUUAGGCCUUUGAAGGACAGCAGGUUUCAGCUGCUCAAUUUUUCUAGCAGUGAACUCAAAGUGUCACUGACAAACGUCUCAAUUUCGGAUGAAGGGAGAUACUUCUGCCAACUCUACACUGACCCCCCACAGGAGAGUUACACCACCAUCACAGUCCUGGUCCCGCCACGUAACUUGAUGAUCGACAUCCAGAAAGACACGGCCGUUGAAGGGGAGGAGAUUGAAGUCAACUGCACUGCCAUGGCCAGCAAGCCAGCCACCACCAUCAGAUGGUUCAAAGGGAACAAGGAACUGAAAGGCAAAUCGGAGGUGGAAGAGUGGUCGGACAUGUACACUGUGACCAGUCAGCUGAUGCUGAAGGUGCACAAGGAGGAUGAUGGGGUCCCAGUGAUCUGCCAGGUGGAGCACCCUGCAGUCACUGGGAACCUGCAGACCCAGCGCUAUCUGGAAGUGCAGUAUAAGCCACAAGUGCAUAUCCAGAUGACUUACCCUCUACAAGGCCUGACCCGGGAAGGGGAUGCGCUUGAGUUGACGUGUGAAGCCAUCGGGAAACCCCAGCCUGUGAUGGUAACUUGGGUGAGAGUCGAUGACGAAAUGCCUCAACAUGCCGUACUGUCCGGGCCAAACCUGUUCAUCAAUAACCUAAACAAAACAGAUAACGGUACUUACCGUUGUGAGGCUUCUAACAUAGUGGGGAAAGCUCAUUCGGACUACAUGCUGUAUGUAUACGAUCCCCCCACAACUAUCCCUCCUCCCACAACAACCACCACCACUACCACCACCACCACCACCAUCCUUACCAUCAUCACAGAUACAACGGCGACGACAGAACCAGCAGUUCACGGCCUUACUCAGUUGCCCAAUUCCGCAGAAGAACUGGACAGUGAGGACCUCUCAGAUUCUCGAGCAGGUGAAGAGGGCGCCAUUGGGGCAGUGGACCACGCAGUGAUUGGCGGCGUCGUAGCUGUGGUCGUGUUUGCCAUGCUUUGCUUGCUCAUCAUUCUGGGCCGCUAUUUUGCCAGACAUAAAGGCCUGUUUUCUCUAACCUCCUCUCCCAGAAUAAAGUGAUGGGGGCAGCUGUAGUGUCGCAGUUAGGAGCAUGAAUCUUUUAUCGUUUGGACAAGGAAGGGAAAAUGCCAUUACUGUCAACUGAAAUGUCCUACUUGGGUUUUUUGCUCCUACUUCGCUGCCAAAGCCCAUUGCUGCAGCUCACAGCUGUUCUUGGUGGCUUGAUCCUUAACACAGCCAGAAAUGCGGCCGGGAGACACUUAAGACAGUUUAUGGAAAAUAAUAGAUUUCCUUGCAGAGACACCAAAACCUCCAGAAGGGCCUGGAUUCGAGUUUAGACCCAGCCAAGAUCACCGGUUCUCUCCCUUUCUGGCCUCAGUUACAAAGCCUCUUGCUCAAAACGCACAGGCCCUCUUGAAUUCUGUUUUCCUGGUUGGUUUCUGUCAGCACCCGCAAGUCUGGCUCUGGAGCCCUUUGUCUCACCGCUCGCCCGCAGCCGCAUGAGAUCCGAGAAGAAACAGUGCCUCCACACGUGGACAGAAAGGAUGCUACGAUGUGGAAAAGAACUUCCAGGAAAGCCAGCGGAGGCGAGCUGAGACCCAGCUCAGCAGCCUGGGCGCCCCAGAGACAGCCGCCUGUAUCGGAGGCCACCACUGCCCUCCCAGCACAAGGGUGGGUCCCAGCACAAGGGUGGGACCCUCCCUUCCCGGUGUGGCUUCCCCGUGUGGCCAAUCAGGAAUGCCAAGAAGUGGUGUAGUUAGCUCUGCUCCCUUCGGCCGGCCGGCUAUGCAGCCCCAUCACCUUGCCCACUCUCAGCCAGCCUUUAGUCAGGAGGCUCUGGGAAGGGCAUUCCCUUGGGCAGUCCGGGAGGAAGUGGCUUCUUGCUAACCCAUCCUGGGAGAGCUGCAAGAAUGGCAGGACGGUAGUCUUGCGGCUUCCAGACUGUUGAUGCAAAUUCAGGUCAAAAGCCAUGAGUCUUUUCCCCAGCGUGCCUGGAAGUGAAGGUAGAGGGGAGUGGCCGGCAGGCACCGGCCAUCCCUCUCUCUCCCUUUCCCCUUCAUUCCCCAGCCCUGUGCCAUCACUCCCCCACUGUUUUAUUCUCAGCUCCUCCUAAAUGGAAACCAUUAAUCAUACUAAAUUGUGCAAUGAUUCCAUGAUAGGGAGAAUGCUGAUGGCAAAAAUCAUUCUCCUUUGUUGUGCCAGGCAGGCAAAAGGCAGAAGUAUUAGUUUGUCUUUUGCAAGAGCCUGGCUCCUUGCAAAUGCUGACCAUGUGUUUGCCCAGGCAGCUGCCUCUAUGUGCACAGCUUAUUUUAGCAUCGGACUAAGGCACCCCAACUGUUGACAGAAAACAAGGCUCCUAGCCUCCUCUCCUUUAUUCCAAGGGCUGCCAAGAAUCCUUAAAUCGGCGGGUGCCUUCGCCCAAGCUCUUUCCCAUUUCAAGGUCCUCAGAUCGGGGGAGGACUGGGAUGGGUGGAAUGUGACAGGGUGAUAAACCCAAAGGUGGUCUCAAAUGGGGUAAGCUCUCCGUCCACCCUCCCUCCCCCACACACACUUCUGCCAGCUGGAUUGCAGGAGAAGCCAGGUGUGGGUACCAAGGAGCUUUUUUUUUUUUUUUUUUUUUUUUUUUUUUUGCUUUUCAGAAUUUGAUGUCUGCUUCGCUUUCGACAAGCCUCUUUGUAAGCCACCCCUUCUGAAUUAGAAUCGUUUUCCAAAAGCUCUUAAGCUAUGAUUAAUGCCAGGGCUGUUUUUAACAAUCAUCCUGCCAGUCUUAAGCUGUAGUCAUUUUCAAUAAUUUGGAGCGCUCAAAGGCAAGCCAGGGGUUUGUUGACAACAAAACCCAGAAGAGCACAGGCAGGCAGCCACAAAAGAUGGAGAAGCAGAGGGACCACUUGGGCUUAGCUGGCUUUCUGCUCCUAGAGUUUUGCCACUAAAAGUUUGAUUGAAUGCUCACAAUGCAUUAAGGAUCCAACUGUGAACAUGGCUGGGCAAGAGGGCUGCCAGCCUGGCUUUUGUGUGAACAGACGAGCAGCAUGUUUGGAGGGCUUCUGGUUUACUUAUGGACACGUGUGGUUCAUUCAUGCCGUCCCCAAACCAAAGCCUCCUGUGUCCUUCCUUCUGCCAACCUGGAAGACCGAAAGAGGAACGGCAUCCCUUUUGCUCUGGAGACUGUUUGCUUCCCAGGAAUGCCGAACAGGUCUCUGGUUAGGAUUUGGGAGAGCUGACCAUCCCCCCCAACUAUGUUAGGAUUUGGGAGAGCUGACCAUCUCUCCAGCUCUCUUUUUAAUCUUGGCAAUUUCAUAAAAAAGUUUCCACCUGUUUUAAAGCCCAGAUCAAAUGAAGCUGUUGCAAACAAUGCCAUGAUCACAGGUUUCCUUAGAUCAGACUUCCAUGGCUAAACGUUUUAGUUCCUUGCUUUCUCCAGUAGGAAAAUGGGUGAUAGGAGUUUAACCCAGUGAGUUAGGUGUGGUUGGGAGAUGUGUCAACCCUGCCUCCCAGGUGUGUUGCCGGUGAGAGAACCCCAGGAGAGCUAGGGUGUUCACGAGCUGACUUUCAAUACUUCCACCAACCAUGAAUGACAGCAGGGUCCCUAGCACCUGCCUACGCUUUGCACUUCAAGAUGCUUCCUUCUGAGGCAGAGUGAACGGACCCAGUGGAUGGUCUCUGGAGCCAUGUUUCUGGCUUAGCUAGUGCCACUCCAAAAGGUAUCAAAAUCUUCCAGGGAUACUCCAAGGUCUUGGAGGAGCUUUAAUGGGGAUCCCUGGCAAGUUUUCAGUGGACACUGUCCUGCUGUAGGUAUCCUGCCAGGGGUCCUGAGCCUUUGGGGAAAUGGCAUUUCCUCAAGAGUGCUUGUUCCCUUAUAUACCUUGUGCCGGCUACUCCCCCAAACUAGAGACUCCGGCAUCAUUCUCAAGUCUCUCCUCUCCAUCACCCACCUCCAGUGGUUACCAGCUCCUGCCCAUUGCCCUCUAGAUGCUUCUCAGACUCCUUCUAAAUUUGUAUAUGCAUGUCACCAACCUGGCCCGUGCCUCUUCAACUCAAAGAAUGUGACAGCCUCCCCCUGGCUUCCCUGAUGUCUGCCCACUAACUCCAUCACUAGACCUAAUGACCUACCCUGGGACCCUCCCCUGCUCAGGCAAAGCUCCUGCUUGAUUUUGGAUUUACCAUCAACUCGAUGCUCACAACAUGCCUUCACCUCACUCUGGUCCUCAACCCUACUCCAUGACCCUCAGCUACAUGGUCUGUGCUGUUCUGUGCACUUGGACUACUUCAGCACCCUCCCCACCUCUGUGCCUUGGAAAAUAGGGGAGUCCCACCCCCCGGGGGGGACUGAUUCAGGAUGCUUCCCUUUGUCUUCUCAGUCCCUCAUUCUGACCUCAAGUUCUGUCCUUAUCUCAUAUCCGAACUAUUUGUUUACUUUUCUGUCUCCCUCAAUAAAAGAGUAAAUUCCUUGAAAUUAGAGACAGAAUCAAAUCCAGCUCUGUAUCUCGAAAACCAAGUGUGGUAUCUGGCUCUGUGCUCAAUAAAUUAUUGGAUAGUAAAAGACUAUUUUUUUUUUCAUCUGUGGUUGGAUGGGUCUUCUGUCUGCCUCUUUUCUGGAAAUAGGCGGAUAUGGCCUGUUCUCUUCUUCUUUCUAACCAGCAGUUCUCAAAUAUCUCCAACUCCUCCUGCCUGCUUUGUGGAAUUUGGGUUUUGCUCCUUCCUGUCACAGUCAAAGUUGUUGGCUGUUUUUCGUUUUAUCUUUCCCAUCCUGACCUAUUACCUCUCUAGGCUGCUUUAUCCGUUGAGGUCCAUACUAGCUAACUCUUUCAGGGCUUGUGAAUGUAUUUGAUGCCUGGAAAGGAAAUAAACAGGAGCUCCAAAAUCCAGAGGAGACAAGAAAACUGCCCCCCCUCAAAUGUGUUAAGUGUUCAGUUAAACACCUACAAAACUACGACAUUGUCAGCCAAUCAGCAGUCCACAACAAAACUGAGUUUUUAAACUCUAGGCCUUAAGUGUAAGCAGUGGGGGCUGCAGGCUUGCACAGGGUGGAAGCAAGCUUCUGUUUUGAGGUUCUAGGCCUUGUAAAGAUUCCCAAACUACCACUACCCCCAUUUCUUUUCUUUCCUCACCUCUUCCUUCUCCCCAUGCCUGGUUUCGUCACCCUUUUCUUCUCUCUCCCACCCCUUUCCUUUCUCUUCCCCUGUCCUUCUCUCUCUCUCCUCUGCUUCUCCCCUUCUCCUGAAUCUCCCUCUCCCUAACUAUAUAAAACAAGUUCUGGAGGAAGCUGCUUGCUCGGGGAAAGGAGCAAAGCUGGCAGGUUGGCAGAAGGUGACCCUUCUCACGGCUCCACCCUCACGCAUCGGGAGCUCAGCGUGGCAAGCUGUUCUACUCCAGAUAGUCACAGAACGCUGCAGUUACGAAGUGUUCAAUUAAACACCAUCUUUUGCCGUGGUUCUCCCUUGUGCAGCAAGGGCAAUUGCAAUCGGUAGGGAUAUGUGACCUGCACACCCGAGCUUCAAGACUGCAAAAGGCAAGCUGUCCAGGUGAUGCCCCCGGCUUCAGAGGGCAGCUGUCUUCCCACCCCAUGGCUGUGUUCCAGCUGUGGGGUUCUCUGGUGCAUGGGUAGAGGGAUAGGCUGGUGUUGCGGAGCUGCAAGCCCGGGGCCUGAGUAGUGUUUCCAGCGGUACCUCUGAUUCAGCCUGUGACCUUGGGCAGUCGCUGCCUCCCUGAGCCCCGCUUUCCCUCUGUAAAGAGCUUUAAUCCCGAAUUGUUUCCAGUCCUGUGUCAAGUGCUUUGCCCUCUUGGGUCCAAGGCACCACCUGUGAGCAAAAGGGAUGCUGUUGUCCCAGGGCAUUUAGAACCCCGACAAACUGUACUGCCUGCUCUUGAGUUGGAAAUUAAAAAGCUGUAAUACGUGAUGACUAAUCCCACUGCUGUUUCGUGGUGUCCUUGCCAUCUUGGGGUCGUCCAAUUUGGGCCCCUUUUCUUUAAAAAUAAAUAAAACUCUUUUGUGAAGAAUGGU